UCAGGGAAACAUCUGUAAAGUGAUUUCCAUAUUGUAGUUAUCUGCUCUAAGCAAUGGCUUCUUGGAGAACUUUGGUCAGACUUUUGGCCAUAGGUUUGGUGUUGUUUAGCUUCUGUGAUGCCAAGGAACUUCUUGUUGGGGGCAGUGAAAAUGCAUGGAAGAUCCCAGUUAACUCAUCGGAUUCUCUGAAUCAGUGGGCUGGGAAAACCCGUUUCAAAGUUGGCGAUUUUCUCAUUUGGAAGUACGACGGUAAGGUUGAUUCAGUGCUUCAGGUGACCAAGGAGGACUAUGAAAACUGCAACACAUCCAAACCGAUCAAGGAAUACAAAGACGGUAACACCAAGGUGGAGCUGGACAAAUCAGGUCCGUUCUACUUCAUCAGUGGAGCCGGUGGUCACUGUCAGAAAGGACAGAAGCUUGUAAUCGUUGUCAUGUCUGAAAAACAUUGGGACCAUCCUGAUUCCCCUACUCCAACAGUACCUGCUCCGGCACCUGCUCAAAACAGCGCCAGCCUCAUCAAGCCACUCAGGGAUGGCUUCCUGUUCUGGGGUCUGGCCUCCUUUGGGGUUGCUUUUGCUUUCCUUUGAGAGAGAGAGAGAGAGAGAGAGAUAUGAUCUGUCUGGUAGGAUUUGCAGGCUGAGAAUUCAUGUUUGAUUUGGUUUGUGAUUUGCAGUAACAAAAAGCAUGGUUUAUGUCUCUCUAUCUCCAAUCCUUGUUUGAUUACAAAUUGAUUCUGUGAUUGAUUAUGAUUUAAUUUGAAUUUCAUGAUCUUUGAUUCUCCUUUUAUCUACUUUUGCAUGGUUUUAGUU